AUGCCGAUGACCUGGGGAGGUGUGGCUGGUGACGGCAAAACCCUAAAAUUCAACAACAAGAACAGGAUUCUCAGGGCCAGGGACAGCGGAUGGGCAAGCACAGAUGGUUUCUUUAGAGCGAUUCUGUCUGAUCCAUUAUCUCAUCUGUCCUUGCCGCCGCCGCUGAUUGGGCCAUGUGCUGAGCUGGAGCUGUCGCUGCGUCAGCCCCCAAGGUUGUGCCUGGCGACAGUGGAACUGCCACAGGUGCCCCGUCGAGAUAUCAGACAGGAUCAACUACAGGAACAGGUACAGGGACGAUGCACCACCACCCUUACCCGUGCCACUCUCCAUCCUUUAGUACCAGGUCAGGAUCAAUGCUCCCCAGCCACUCCACUUGCAUCUUGCGCUUCCUCUCCACGUUCCGUCUCCACGCUCCUCUCCCGGCAAUCAUCCCAGGCCAACACACCAUCGAUCCCUCCAACUGCCUCCAAACGCUUGCUACAUGAGGAGCACUGA